AUGAAGGAUAAGGAGGAGAUGGUAGAGUUGAUGCAGGAAUUUGGGAGUUGUCAUAGUCUUCAUUGUUGGUCUGUGUCACCUGAUGAUAAACAGCAGGAAGUUUCGUUUAUCCGCCAUGUUAGUCACGGCCGUCGACCGCUGCUGCUGAGAAGAGAACUGCUGGAUGUUGCCAAGAAAUUUGAUCUUCCUACAUUGGAUGUUAAAGUCUUUGAUGACUCGAAGACAGAAGUUGAUGAGGAAGCAUUCAGAUAUCUGCUGACACGACCAGAUCUUGGUGUCUUAGAAAUUGUCAUCCCAGGCACAGCAAACAUUGAUGAUUCUUUAAGCUCAAGCUCAUUAGGAGAUACUGAAGGUACGUCAGAGUCCGAUGACACAGCAAUGUUGAUUAGAAGCCCUCCUGAAAAAAAUCAAGCUGAGGAACGUCGUCUUGCCAAGAUGAUUGAAGAUAUCCUAAAGACCAGCCCUGGAGGUGAAAAGGUCAUAAACGAAUAUGCCCGCACCAAAGGUCUGUCAGAUGCCCGAAGACGUGACAUGGUGAAAAUCUUGGUAGCACAUUUGACAAAUGAACAUGGAACAAGCCCUUCCCGACAUUUGAAGGAAAAAUAUGCAAAGGGAAUCAUUUCCCUAUUCCCAUGCUUGGCUGACCCCAGAAGCAAGCUUGGAUAUGAGCAUUAUUACAAUGCAGAAGAUGGAAGUGGAUAUUUGGCGUGGCGAAUUAAAACUCUGCAGAAAGAAGCAUCAGAGGGACGGAUGAAGCGCCCACGGCAACCACAAACAGGUGGGCCAACUGCUGACAGACAUCCCUACAAAGACGACUGCAGUUUGACUGAAGACCGUCAGUGUCAGGAAGCAAUAGCCCUGAUGAAGCAUACAGCUGAUGAGGCAGUGGUAAAGGAAAAGAUGAAGUUAACACUGGCCCAUCGCCAGAAACUGCUGCACGACCCUAAAGAGUCAACUGAUAUUCUAUCAAUUUUCCCGAUUCCUGGAUAUACCAGGCUUGGGUGGGACAGCGACAUGUCUUCCAUUCUGUUGCUGGUUCACCUUUUGCCACCCUCAAGUCAAGGCCGCAGAGACCGGAAAGAUCUCAGCUAA